AACAGGCUUGAUCGGCUCGUGAAAUAGUCUCGAGGAAAACUCCGUGGUUAUCGUGAACAAAGAGGACGUUUCUUUUUCCUUAUUAUUCACAUUGGAAUAACACACCAUGGAAUUUCGCACGUUUAUCAUGAUACUCUUGUGCGCAUUCUCCUAUGCCGAAGAUUACGAGAGAUCCAAAAAUACCAAACCAGUUGUUAACGACAACGAGUCCGCGGGAGAAGAGCCUCCGGAGGGAUAUUAUGCGUUCGUCGAGUCGCCGAAUGCGGAACCGCCUCGAGUUCGGCCACCACCGUACAUUGACAGCGACAAAGAAUGUUACGACAGCGGCAAGCAAGGAAAAGGAUUUGUUUCGAUACAUAAUAUCUGCGGCGAUUUGAAUAAAGGCUACAUUCCGCGGAAUCCAAUGAAACAAUAUGUAAAUGGCUCGUCGUAUCCUUUCGCACUGAUAAAGAAUCAUACUCUCAAGUUCCUCAGCAAGGCAUUACCAAUUCUUAAAGCUGACGAUUCGCUACCGAAAGUUGCCAAAGUACAUCCGUUAUCGCAAAACUUUGUUGACACGGACGACGAAGAAAAACAUAGCAGAAGCAAAAGAUCUAGCCCGUUAGAUUUGAUCACGGAUUCUGGUCGAAACGGUCGCAAGUUUUGCGAAACCGGUGGUGGAGUAGUGUGUAUGUUGUACAAGGCGAUCCAAGGUGAGCCGAUCACGUCGUCGGUAUCGGCUAUCGAACGUCGGGACGAGCCUUCAACGUCCGACUAUCGACGCGGAGAACGCGUACCAACGCAGGAGAAAACGGAAUACACGGGUCCGCCAACUCCAUGCCCGGCCAAGGUCGAGUACGCGACUCCCGUCUUCGCCAAGAAUUACCAAGGUGUCUGGCGAUACGUAGUGCAGAUACCGUACGAGGGUUACUUCACACAGACCAUCGAGCUCACCAGAUGCAUGCAAUCGAGAUGCCAUUAUUUGGACGGUGGAUGCUUGUCGUCGCCGAGAUGGACGAGUCUAUUGGUCGCCGAGAUAUUUUAUCCGGACACGUUCUUGGAAGAAAAUCAGGGGACUAAUGUUGGCAUCGGAUCUGGCACUCGAGAUCCUGUCGCCGGAUCGCCGCCGCCGGUCCAUGACUUCCAAAUUAUUCAGCAAUAUCUGCAGAAACGCGCGAGCAACAGGGGAGGCACGACAGUGGACGGUGCUCAGCAACACCACUGCGACGGUGUCGACGAAAUGGGUUGCUUCCAGGUACGGUUGUACUACGAUUGGUUCUUGGUACCGGGAAGCUGCAAGUGUUGGCGACCAGACUACUUUAACCGAUACGUCCGUCGUAGCAGUUCCAAUAUCGAAUUAUGAUGAGUUUCACAGACACACUUUUCAUCCCAAAAAGAUUUUACGAGCGAUUACUUCGAUCGUUACUGUAUAAGCACACGAAGAUGAAGCGAUUUACUCGUUCGAAUCGCGCAUAGUCAAUCGUUAACAUAUUUUUUUUAUACGAAAUCUUAUUUAUUCAGACGUCUUAUACGACAAUUAGUCGAUACUAGUAAGCACGAUAGACUGGAGUAUUAUAAUCAUAAAACAAAUAUAUAUUUGACUAUAACUUUGAAAUACGGCCAAUUAUCAGUAAAAUUGCGCUAAUACGACCGACAAAAGUUAAGCCAUACGGAAAUAUAAAUUUAAUUUAUUUAAUUAAU